UUGGAUUCAGAAAAGAAGCUCCCUGCUGCUACUCCAGUCUCCAGUUCAGUUCUUGCAUGAACAUGGCGAGCAGCGGCUACUACUCUCCGUACUACCAGCCGGCGCCCUACUACUACAACUACUCGCAGCAGCAGCAGCAGCGAGCCCGAGGCGGCGGCGGGGGGCAGUCGUCGGUGUACGUCUUCAUCUUCCUCGCGACGGUCUCCCUCCUCGCGGCCACCACGCUGUACGCGUGGUGCGAGUCGGCGGUGGAGAGCCUGGUCGACCAGCUCAGGCGCUUCCUCAUCCUGUCCCCGCUGCUGCUCAUCCUCGCCGUGCAGCUCUGGGUGGCCACCGGCGGCGAGCGCCGGGCGGGCGGCGGAGGGGGUGGCAUCAUGUGCCUCCUCGCGGAGCUAGUGAUGGGGGACCAGAGAGGGCAGUACGGGUACCGCGCCGGUGGGUCGUCGCCGUGGGGCGUGGCGCUGGCGCUGGUGCUGGUGCUGUUCUUGAUCUCGUACCAGUCGUCGCUCCAGGAGAGGUGGUUCCCGCGGCUUGGCCGGUGAAAGCUGCAGCCUUACUGUCUGAUAAAGCUACGACCCAAAGGACGCGAAAGCUAUUAGGUCCGGUUUGGAAUGCUAGAGAUUUUUCCAGAUUCUUAUGGAAAUCAAAUUGUUCACCGGGGAAGUCCGGUACAGGGAUUAAAAUUUCAUCGAAAUUUCGUGAAUUUUAGAAAUUUCAGAGCGGAAUGAAAUAUCUAAUUAUGAAAAUUUCUUUCGCUGAUACGUGAGAU